CUUCCCAAGUCAAAAAAAAAAUGGCAGUUAUUCGCAAUAAUAUACUUGGCAACAUUCCUGUGAACCGCGCUGUACACACAGGGAUAUCUGGGUUUGUUUGCUCUUGUGGGAUCAUUCCCCUGGCUUGGCAUUACCUGAACAAAACCAUCCACAUUCCAAUAUAUAUGAUUGUUAUCUACUUUGUCUUGGCUAUGAUUGGCGGGAUCUACUUCCUUUUUUCAGGUUUUAAUUUAGUUAAAGAGUGGAUAAAGGCUGCAGUACCUGAGCAGGAGGUUGCCCCACCUGAGCAGGAACUCCCACAGUUCCCAGGUGCGCCUGAGCCCUGAUUUCAAGUUGCUGAUGCUGUCAUUGUUAGGGGAUGUGUCAACUAGCUAGAGGUUUAAUUUGCAGAAGUUUAGUUGAUGUAGUGUAAGAAUGUUUUAUUUGCUGAAGUUUAAGCGUAAGAAUGUUAUAUUUGCUGAAGUUUAAGCAUAAGAAUGUUAUAUUUACUGAAGUUUAAGCGUUAGAAUGUUAUAUUUGCUGAAGUUUAAGCAUAAGAAUGUUAUAUUUACUGAAGUUUAAGCGUAAGAAUGUUAUAUUUGCUGAAG